AUGACAAAGAUGAUAAUAACAUCAAAAUCGUUUACUGACGCAAUUGGAGGUAUUAUAGAAACUCAAUUGAAACAAUACGUGAAUCAUAGCGAACAAUUAGAAGCGGAAUUAAAACAAAUAAAUGCUCGUGCAGUCAAAUUUCAAUCGAAAUUAGAUGUUUUAGAUCAAUAUUCAAAGCGGCGUGAUUUAAUAAUACAUGGUAUUCCUCUAACACCGGGAGAAAAUCCAUCACAAGUAGUAUUAGAUUUGGCCAAAUCAGUUAGUGUUAAUUUGGAUAUUAAAGAUCUAUAUGCAACUCAUCGUCUAUGA